CCCCUCCACCGGCGUAGUUGGAGCAGCUCUGCUGCCUGCAAUCCAACAUGGAGUAGAGAGAGAUGGGGCUCUAGCGGGGCCACCCCUCGGUAACAACAGCGACGACGCGCUUUUUACGCACAACUGGAACCGGAGUCGUCGGUGAAAACAUGCGCCUUAGGAUUUAAAAACGGAGAGAGUGCCUUGUGAGUGUGUGUGUGUGUGUGCGCGUGUGUGUGUUUGGGGAGGGGGGGGAGAAGAGAAGAGCUGGAUUCGGCUACUAAACUGUCUGUAUAGGCUACGUUACCUACUGAAGGCGAUGGGGUAUUAAAGUUAUAGGAAAGGGGCAUUUGCGAUCCAGAAGAAACGGGGUGGCUUCGGGAGAGAAAGAGGGGGAAAGUGAGGAAAAGAAGACGGAGGCACAGCCAGUCGAAGGCAAGCCAAAGAGCCGACACUCGCACAAAGGCGCUGGGGGGAUUUAUGCGGAAUUGGAGACGGAAUCGGAGGAGCCGCGGUGAAAGAAUGACGAGCGAAAAGUAUGCAACCGCCGUGGUACAUUACCUGAGGUGAAACGAGAAAAUGAUAGAAGAAACACACCCAAACGAUGACAGCUACAUCGUGCGUGUGAAAGCGGUGGUGAUGACGCGGGACGACUCGAGCGGUGGCUGGCUGGCCCAGGACGGGGGAGCGCUGAGCAGGGUUGGGGUGUGCCGCCUCCUGCUGCCAGAGCUGGCACCCGUGCCGGCCACCAGCUUUUCCCAGUUCCUCAUCCGUGGUGAGCGGCUGCGGGACAAACAGGUGAUCCUGGACUGUCCGCUGAGGAAGGACCUUGUGUACACCAUAGCAACGCCCACAUUUCACCAUUGGAAGGUGGAGGACAGGAAGUGUGGCCUGUCCUUCCAGAGUCCAGCUGACGCCAGAGCGUUUGACAGGGGGGUACGCAAAGCCAUUGAGGACCUGGCUGAAGGCUCCACAACCUCCUCUACAGCACUCCAGAAUGAGGGCGAGCUGGGUGACGACGACGUCUUUACUAACACCACAGACAGCUCAUCCAACUCCUCCCAGAAACUGGAGAGCUCUAUGCAGCCGCUCGAGUCCUCGCCCCUUCCGCAGAGACACAAGUGCAUGCUGGGACAUCGCCACGACCUCCACGACCCCUACCGGCUCUCAGACCACUACUUCUUGGACCAGCCGUUGUCUCGGCUUCCCCGUCAUGUCACCUUCCAGGAGGACGAGGAAAUCGUCCGUAUCAACCCUCGGGAGCGCAGCUGGGAGCGAACAACCGAGCGUCACCAUGGACGCCAGUCGGAUCGCCCCUGGCUCACGGGCUACGAGGACUACCGUCACGCCACUGUGCGUGACAAGUUCAUCCAAAUGGACGACUCGGAGUCCUAUGUCCACUUUGCCAAGACGGAGGCGCAGAAGCAUGACUACACAUAUCCGCUUGCACCAGCCUUGUCGCCCUCUGACUCUGACCCUGCCCUCGGACCCUUGGUCAACAAGGGCCACGGUGGCUCAUAUCACCAAGGCUUCUCCUCUGUGGUGUCCACCCAGCCCCGCUCCUUCCUCCCGAGCUCCUCCCCGUCCACCAAUGGUGGGAAGGGGCGGAAAGAGGACGGGGUGGAGCGAGCUCAGUGUGAGCACUGCGGCGAGUCCUUUUACAUCUCCGACAACCAGAGAGGGCGGUGCCAGGAUGCGCCAGACCCCGUGCGGGUGUGCAUCCGGCGGGUCAGCUGCAUGUGGCUGGCAGACACCAUGCUCUACCACUGCAUGUCCGACCCAGAGGGGGACUACUCAGACCCCUGCUCCUGUGACGGUGCCGAGGGCAGUGGGGGCGGCCGACUCGGCUCACGCUGGUUAGCGCUGCUCGGCUUGUCUCUGGUGGCGCCCUGCCUCUGCCUCUACCCGCCUCUCCACGCUUGCCACCGAGCGGGGCUCAGGUGCGGCUGCUGCGGAGGCCGACACAAGGCCCUGAGCUGAGCAGCUGCGCUUGGAAACCUCUCGGAGGAAAUAACAUAAACCUAAACCCAACGCAAGCACAGGGAAAGGGAAGGAUGGGGAAAUACACAGAGAGGACGAGUGGUCAUGGCUGCUCGCUCUCUUGCCUUGGUUUCUCUGGGUUUCUCUACAAAUUCCAGACACUGAAAUAAGCCAAAAAAAAACAGUUGGUGCAUUUUCUGAACGGCCUGGGAAGAUAAGCUCCCCCUUACGGCAGACAGUUCUCUCAGCUCUCCACGUGGCCAUUUCAUGCUCUGUUUCUAGUGAGAGAGCACUCUUUUUCAGGGGGCCUUUUUUAUAGCUGACCUAUAUGUCAUGUAUCACAUAUGCAGGUACUUUAUACUUUGUACACUGACUCGGCGUCAAAGAACUUGAAUUGUUUCUUUGUUCAAAUUUUUUUCUCUCCUUUGAUGUAUGCGUGGCCAUUUUGUUUAUAUUCUAUUCCAAUAUCAGGCCCACUCAGCUCAACUCCAGCUACAAGAGAAAUCAGACACUACACCUCUUAUGUGUGUGUGCAAGUGUUUGUGUGUGUGUGUGUGUGAUUGUAUGGAUGGUAUAUGUGCAUGCUUACAAUGUGCGCCAAGGCCUUUGUUGUCUGUACUGCAGCUUAAAGUAAAGCUCAUGUAUAUAGUCCGCAUAGCUCUCCAACAUCGACAUCUUCUUUGUUCACUGAAAGAAACGUGGUACUCAUCUUAAUCAUCUUCUAAUAUCCCAAAGAUUUGUGUUUUUAUCCUAUUUAUUUCUUCACUAAAUUGAUCCCAGCAAAAGGUUGCUGGGGUGUGAUUUACUCACUGAAUGAGACGGUGCUUCAAGUCAUGCUAGCAUUCGUCUCCCUGCUCCUUUCACGUUAUUUCAAACAGUGCCUAAAGUAUCACCUAAACCAGGAACCCAUCCAGUCAGUUUUUUGGCUUAUUUUACUUAACAUGCACUAGAAGCAGUGUGAGAUUUUAAGGCUCUGAUUUCCUCAUUCUCUGCAGAACCUCAGUCAGCAGUCCGUGUCAUGUCAAGGACUAACCAAUCAAUCGGAAGUACCGUUAAAGUUGGUGCCCGUUAUGCCUUAAAAUGUAGAGUCUUGCUCCAAACUUUACCCCUGUCCCUCUGAAGAUGUCUGCUAUAAUAAAAAGCGUGAGCGUGCUUAUUUCUCCAAGCAAUCAGCCUCACCACAUACUCUUUUAAACUUGGUUUAAACUAUUUUUGUAAUUAAAGGAACUCUUAAAAUGUUUUUAUGGUGUAAACUAACUCCAGUUUGCUUGCUAUGUACAAUCAGCUCCCCUCUUUAAGCCCCACCCUCCAAUGGAGCCCACCAGUCACAUGUUUGGAACAGCAAAGUCCUAACUGAUGGUUAUCUGAAUGGUUCAAUGAAUGAAAUUUGUUGAAAACUGUGUUCAAAAUUAUUUAAAACAUCCAGUCGCCCCACAAAAACUUACAUUUUAAAAACAAUUAUAGGUAUUAAAACCUUCUUACUAGUGAAAACUAGUAUAAAACCUUUUUUUCCCCCAAAAAACAUAUAAUUAUGAAUGACCUUUGACAUGUACAAUGUCACCACAGUAGUGAGUCUUAUUUCACACUUAUUUAUAAAAAGUAAGCCUACAUGUCAUUCUUGAAAUAAUCUCACAUUUUGGGAAAUAUGCCUCUUCUCUUGUUGCCAAGAGUUAGGUGAGAAGAUCGAUACCUAGAGCCGGGAGGCAGUUAACUUAGCUUAGCAAACACUGGAAACAGGGGGAAAUCUAGCUUGGCUCUGUCCAAAGGUAACAACAUCCACCUACCAGCACCUGUAAAGCUCACUAACUAACACAUUAUAUCUUGUUUGUUUAAUCCAUACAAAAAUGGAAGUGUAAAAACGACAAGUUGUGGUUUUAUGAGGGGUUAUGUGCCGGACUAUUUCUUGGAUUGGGUGCAGUGACUUCCUGGAAUCUCUUAGAAAUUGUGGUUCCUUUCCUUUCUUUUAUACCAGGGUAGCUGGUUUCCAGCAAGAAAGGAAAUAAGAGUAUUUCCCAAAAUGUCAAACUACCCCUUCAAGGCCAAGAUAUUCUUUUGUAAAUGGGAGAUUAACAACUCGUUGAAACCACAGUUACAUGUGACUGGUGUGCGCUAUUUUAUUAUUUUUCCUCCAUGCCAGAUUUGGUACAUCAUCAUGCCCACAAAGAGUAACAUCAGAUGUUGGACAGUAACUCGACUGAAUUAAGAAAGAAACAGUUAAUGUCUGUUUAUUUGGUGUCAUAGUGGGUGUGUCGAACUGUGCAAACUCAUGCACUGGGAGAAAACAAAAACGCUGUCCUUACCUGCCUGUGUCACCUGCUGUUUGAGUGACACUGCAGCUGGCCAAUCACGCCCUUCACACACUAAACCGACAACCGCUUGGGUGCUUUAUGCUUUGUCUAAGCCUGGUUGAUGACAGCAUUGGGGAUGUGACUGGGAACACAAUAAGCUUUAAAAAAUAAAAAAAAAGCAGGACAUCAGUAGGGUCCCAUUGGAAAAGAACAGGAGCCCGAAAACAGCUGAAAUCCUGGUAACAAACAUCCAUCCCUGAUUGUUUUGCCAAGGAAAUGUCACUUACUGUAGUUGAAAUGCCUGAGGAUGUCCUUUUUCCUUCCCUGUUUGUGUCUGUUUCAUACAUCCUGUCCCGUGUACAGUAUGUACGUCCUUGGUGUGUGUUUAUCCCACAUCCCUUCUCCCUCUCCUGCUCCUUGAUCAAAAGCUACUGGGAUCAGCUGAAUAUGCUAUCACAUACUAACACCUAUCCAGUAUAAUCGGAUCCUUCGAUGAUGUGAUGUAUCAGGGACGGGGCCAAUCAGAUUGGAAAGAGUGUUUGUGUGUGUGCGUGCAUCAGCAUUUAAUCUUUUUUCUCUCUCAUCUGGUGUUUGAGUGUGUUCUCACAUGUCAGAGCAAUUUACAAGUGCCUGAACGCAUCCUCUUUAUCUCCGUGUGUAUUUAAAUUGAAAAAUUAAAGAAACGACUCCCUGUAAUGAAUUAGACCCAUUUUUUACGCUUAGUAUUUUUACCUCUGUAAAAAAAAAAAGAGCAAAAAUUAUAUUAUAUAUAUCAAGUGUAUGUUGUACAUUUUUAUUUCUAUUUUGUUUUUUUAAAUAACUGUUUCUAACAUGUACGAUGGAUGUAGCUCUUGCUUUUGAGAAGGAACAAGAAGUACUUUGUAGAUACUGAAGGGUGGCCAGGUCUGUAAGAAAACUAAAGUGAAAUGUGUGUCUUACCUUCCGCCUCCAUUAAAAUGAGAAAACAGUGAAACCACA